AUGGCCAAGGUGGCCCAGCUAUACAUUAAGGAGAUUGUGAGGUUACAUGGGGUGUCGUCGAGUAUAGUUUCAGAUAGGGAUCCGAGGAGGAUACCCUUGGAAUUCGUGGCUAGAGAUCAUGUGUUCUUAAGGGUGACCCGAACCAUUGGUGUAAGAAGGGCUCUCUGCUCAAGGAACCUUUCUCCUAAGUUCCUUGGCCCUUACCAGAUCUCAAGGAGGAUUGGGUCUGUGGCUUACGAGAUUGCUUUGCCUCCUCAGUUAGCCAAUCUUCAUCCGAUGUUCUAUGUCUCACAGUUGAGGAAGUAUGUCUUUGACCCAUCUCAGGUGUUGGAAGUCGAGGAUGUACAAAUAAAGGCGGAUCUCACUAUGGAAGUACCACCUAUCUCUUUAGAGGAUAGCCGAGUUGAGACACAUCAGGGAAAACCAGUCUAUCUAGUCAAAGUCAUCUAG